AUGCCACCACCCACCACCGAAGCUCCUAAGGAGUUUGUGCAUCCCAAAGCCAAACAUGCCAAGAAGCAGGCCAUUCGAGAUGCCUACGCAAUCGAACCCAUCUCGGCCUUUUACAUCUUCCUCGGAGCCAACUUGAUCGCUGCUCUCUUUGCCCCCAUCCAGGACUGUGACGAGACCUUCAACUACUGGGAACCCACUCACUAUCUGAGCCACGGCUAUGGUCUCCAGACCUGGGAAUACUCACCCGACUAUGCCAUCCGCAGCUGGCUUUACAUCGCCCUUCAUGCCAUCGUGGGCAACAUUCGCAGACUGCUCCCUCACUCCAACAAGGUCGCCGAGUUUUACUUCGUCCGCUAUGCUUUGGCUCUCGUCUGCGCCCUCAGCCAAACGCUCAUGUGGAGGGCUGUCUGCUUAGCCCUGAACCCGAGGAUCGGCCUGUUCUUUAUCGUGGCGCUCGUAUCCAGCCCUGGCAAUUUCCACUCCAGCACCGCCUUUCUGCCCUCCAGCUUCGCCAUGUACAUGGCCAUGUUGGGAGCCGCCGCUUUCAUCAACUGGAAGGGGGGUCUCAAGACUUCCAGGGCCAUGUUCUUCUUCGCCAUUGGUGGUGUCAUUGGAUGGCCUUUUGCUGCCGCUCUUUGCGCCCCCUUCUUGAUGGAGGAAGUGGUCUUUGCCCUGGUCGGAGAUAGUGAACGCUUCUUUGAGGCCGCUCACCGUGUGAUCCGUGGUGUCGUCGCCGCUGGACUUCUUGUGUUCGGAGAUAUGCUGGUCAACACCUUCUUCUACAGGAAGGUCGAGAUCGCCUCUUGGAACAUUGUGAAGUACAACAUCUUUUCCAAGACCGGCGGUCCUGAACUCUACGGCACCGAGCCUUGGGACUUUUACUUCAAGAAUCUGGCCUUGAACUUCAACAUUUGGUUUGUCUUGGCACUUUUCUCCCUCCCCAUUUUGAUGCUGCAGAAGCUGUUGUCCAAGUCCGCCGAGACUUUCCAGACUGGCUUCCGUACUGUGGUCUUCUUGACCCCUUUCUACAUGUGGCUCGCCAUCUUCUCGCUUCAGCCCCACAAAGAAGAGCGGUUCAUGUACCCCGCCUACCCCUUCCUUGCCCUCAACGCUGCCCUUGCUAUUCACACUCUGCUCGCCGCCUUUGGAAACGCCGAUACGAAGAGCCUGGUGGGCAAAAUUCCCGCCAAGCUGAAGCUAGCCGUGGUAGCCUUUGGCCUUCUCCUUUCCAUCAACAUUGGCCUUGCUCGCAUUUACGGUCUCUACACAGCCUACUCCGCACCUCUCUCCAUCUACCAGCCCCUAUUUGAGGUCGGCGGCGAGGGUGACAGCGUCUGCUUCGGCAAGGACUGGUACCGCUUCCCCAGCUCCUACUUCCUCCCCCGCGACAUGCACGCCAAAUUCAUCCGCUCCGAGUUCCGUGGUCUUCUGCCCGGUGAGUUCUCCGAGGCCGGCACCGGCUUUGGUCUCUUCAGCGGUACCUGGCUGCCUACCAGCGGCCUGAAUGACCGCAACGAGGAGGAUCCGGGCAAGUAUGUCGAUCCCAAGACGUGCACUUUCCUCGUCGACACGCAGUUCCCCGAGCAGCAGAAGGCUCUGGAUUGGAAAGCGCCUCCUAACGAGCCUGACUUUGUCGCGGACUCAAAACACUGGGAGACUGUCAAGUGCGAAAAGUUCAUGGAUCCAGCGAGCACCAGCUUCUUGCCCAGAGCCUUGUGGCUGCCUGAUUGGGAGAUCAUUCCGGAGAAGUUGAGGAGGAAGUGGGGGCGUCAUUGCCUUUUGCAGCGGAAGCAGUGA